AUGAACGAGGUCCUCUCCCCUCCACAGACAUACCUGUCUAAAACCAAACCCAACAACAACAAAGACAAUACCACCAAGAGUCUCUCCUGUCCUUCCCCAUCUGUGGCAGCGGCCUCAGCCUCCAACCAGCCUCCGCCCGCCAACAUUACCAUUGGAGCUGGGAGGCCAGUGAAAGGCUCGGAGCCUCCUAACAGGAUUAAGGGGGGACCUGCAGACAUGACAUCAGAGGAACCCCUGGGCCCGUGGGUGCCCAGCCCUGUCGGGGAGGUCAAGGUACUGCCUGAAGACGGGCUGGAGGAGCAACUCAACAGCUGCAACCAAGAAGUAAUGCACUAUCACACAUGUGACAUGGCCACUGAGGAAUGUGCAGCAAUCCCUGACAGUCUGUGCAGCGACGAGCCGUUUUGUAGGAUCUGCCAUGAAGGCAGGGCCUCAGGGGAGCUGCUGUCCCCCUGCGAGUGCUGCGGUAGCCUGGCCAUGGUGCACCGCACAUGCCUGGAGCACUGGCUCACCGCCUCCAACAGCAGCCACUGUGAACUCUGCCAUCACCAGUUUGCACUGGAGCGCCUGCCAAAACCUCUUACUGAGUGGCUGUGCGCUCCAUCCGUGCAGCAGCAGCGGAGGACGCUGUGUGGCGAUGCGGUGUGCUUCCUGUUCAUCACGCCGCUGGCCAGCCUGUCAGGAUGGCUGUGUGUCCAGGGAGCCAUGGACCUGUACUACACCAACGCCAUGGAGGCCCUGGGGCUGCUGGUCCUCACGCUGGCCCUCUUCACCAUAUACGUCUUCUGGACCAUGGUCUCUGUGCGCUACCACAUGCAUCUGUUCCAGACAUGGAAGAAGACGGACCAGAGAGUGCGACUGCAGAUUCCCUUGCCCCCCCAUACCACACCAACCCAACAGACCCUGUCCAUAAACCUCCUCAGCAAAGCCCCCAACAAAGAGACUAUGGUGUAG